AUGAUACUGAGCCAGAUCUCUUACUUGGACUGUGUAGCUUUCCUCGUCUUUCUUGCGCCUCAAUUGCUGAUCCAGAUUGGCAUCGUACCGCUCUUGACAUGGCUCAUCCCAGCUCUGCCUUCUCUCGCUCCUAAAGCCAUCGUAAUUCCAUAUCAGUUCAUCCGCGAACGCUUUCUUGUGCCACGUGAGAACCGCGCGCCCUUCGUCAGAAAGGCAACGCCAUUUCAAGAUCUAGUCAUCCGCUUUGUUCGUUAUGCUUUCGCCAACAUGCCCGCCUUUUUAGGUCGGGUAUUCUUCUCAAAGGCGGUCUCACUCCCCUUCUUAAGAUUUCGCAUGUUGAGACACGGCAUUGUCACAAGUCCAAUCAGAUGGACUGAGAUCAGAAGACCGAACUUCGGAGGGGUAUGGAUCGUGCACGACCGACAAGAGCAGCCAGAUGUAAUCGUAUACUAUUGCCACGGUGGUGGCUUUUCCAUGGGCAGCAGCUUUUUUUACAUGGAGUUUCUGCUAGCGUGGGUUACUUUGCUAAAGUCUGCCGGGUAUCGCAACCCAGCUAUCUUCGCUCUGGAAUAUACCUUGGUGCCGGACGCCACAUAUCCCACCCAGCUGCACGAGACGGUCGCAGGUUACGAAUAUGUUCUAUCACUGGCUCAAUCUUCGACUCGCGUAGUCGUUGGUGGAGAUUCUGCAGGUGCAACCCUCAUCCUGAGUUUCUUACUACAUUUAUCCGACCAUACCGAAUUGCGUCAUCAGAAACCGGGUCUUGCUAUCAUGAUCAGCCCAUGGGUGACGAUAGUAUCGCGCGAAAACCGGAACACGGCGUCUGAUUAUCUGAACAGCUCAUCUCUAGAGCUGUACGGUCGCCAGUACAUUGGCAACAAAGUAUCACCAGAGGAUUCAAUGGUUUCGCCUGGAAAGUGUAAAGAUAUUGAAAAAUGGACGGAAGCUAGCCCCGAACAAGGGUGGUACUUUCUCUAUGGAAGCGAAGAGGUUCUCGGACCAGAGACGAGGGACUUGAUCAGUCUACUCGGUAAAACCGGAAAGGAUGUUGAUAGCUGGGAAGAGCCAGGUGGCAUCCACGCAUGGCCUGUUGCAAGCUUAUAUCUUGGGGAAACCAGAGAAGAGAGAUUGAGUGGUCUGAAGAGCAUCGUGGAAGCUAUCAAGGCUAGGAUACAUUAA